AUGGGUGUUGACGAGGUUGAGAUGAACACUCCCGGCCAUGCCUCCAAGGGGCCGCUGCCUGGCACAGUGCACGAUGCAGAGGACAUGAGGCGCAUGGGUAAACUGCAGCAACUGAAUCGAGUCUACAGCACUGUCACUCUUGCCGGAUAUGCAGUUAUUCUCGGUCUGACCUGGCCAUUUUCGCUCUUACAAUUGACUACUGGGAGCAGUACAUCAGCACUUUCCCUUACAAAUGGCGGUCCAGCCGGUGCGAUCUGGGUAUAUUUGGGGGUAUGUGUUGGUAUGUUCACUGUAGUUCUUUCAAUGGCCGAAAUGGCAUCACUUGAACCCACUGCGGGUGGUCAGUAUCAUUGGGUUGCAGUUUUUGCCCCUAAAAAAUGGCGAAAAAUUGCAAGCUAUAUUGUCGGAUGGAUGUGUGCUUUGGGAUGGCAGACUGCAGUUUCGGCCCCAGCGAAUGUUGGCGGAGCGACAAUACAAGCACUUGCAGUGGUUGCUUCAGAUUCGUAUACUCCCAAGCCAUGGCACGUUGUUGUCUUAACAAUAGCCAUUUGCACGCUCGCUGUUCUUUUCAACACAUUCUUUGCUAGGAAAAUGCCAGGGAUUGAGGGUCUUGUCUUUGCACUAUAUAUCUUGGAGUUUUUUGCAAUUUUCAUUGUGCUGCUGGUCAUGGGAGAGCGUUCAAGUGCCAAAGAAGUCUUCACCAUUUUUCAAGACAACGCGGGAUGGGGGAGUAUCGGCUCUGCCUGUUUUGUGGGUAUGAGUGGCCCGGUCAUUACUAUGAUCGGGUCCGAUUCUGCGGUCCACCUGGCAGAAGAGCUUAAGGAUGCAUCAAGACAUCUCCCUCGGGCAAUGUUAAUGACUGCAGGCGUGAACUACCUUGUUGGUUUCAUGGUUCUCCUUGCAUCCAUGUUUGUGGUAGGAGACGUGCAAAAAGUUCUUGAGACUCCUACUGGAGCCCCAUGGGUCCAAAUCAUCCUAAAUGCAACUCAAUCACGCAUACCUACCUUGAUUUUUAUGGCACUGAUCAUCUUCUUCCUUGUUUUCUGUGCCAUAAAUGCAAACACUACUUCUUCUCGUCAGCUUUUUGCAUUUGCGCGUGAUGGUGGGCUGCCAUGCUCUGAAUGGAUUAGCCACGUGUCCUCGAGCAAACAUGUCCCAGCGAAUGCAGUUUUCUUGACAUGGUUUAUUGGCUGCCUCAUCGCCCUGAUCCCUCUUGGGUCCUCAGAGGCUUUCCUUAACAUCCAGUCCAUCGCUAUCACUGCGCUUCUGGCUUCAUACAUUAUUGCCAUUCUUUGUCGUUUGCAUAACCGCAAUUUUGGUAGUGUAUACGGCAACCUUUCUAGGCCACCGGUCUUCUUCCUCGGAAAACUGGGCGGCAAUAUUAUCAAUAUUGUUGCCCUUGGUUUUCUUAUCUGCUUCUUGGUUUCGGCGACCUUCCCGAUCGCGCCACACCCUACCCCGAAGUCGAUGAAUUGGAGCUCACUAGCUUUGGGCUCUACUGUUAUUGUUGCACUGAUUGCUUAUAUUGUCCGGGGCCAUAAGUACUUGGGUCCAGAUGUUGUCGUUCCCGCCGAUGACUCAGAUAAAGUGACGGUUGAUAAGAAAGACUCAAAACCAUUUAUCUCGUAA